AUGGCGGCCUCCCAGCUCGCAGCACUGGAAAGAGAAGAACCAGGGGCCGAGGGGCUGCCCCCGACAGAGACCAGCCCCGGCUUCGUGUGUUCUGAGGGCCAGCGGCUGGCACUGGAGGCUCUGCUGAGCGAGGGCGCGGAGGCCUUUGAGGCCUGCGUGCAGCGCGAAGGGCUGCGGCCCUUCCUGAGCGCGGAUGAGCUCCGGGGCCUGGCAGCGGCGGCCGAGGACUGGGCAGCAGCCAAACAGGGGCCCGGUGGAACAGCAGAGGGAGCCACGGUCGCCAGCGGGGACUCCGGCAGCCUGACCUACUGGCCCGGACUGUCGGAGGAGCCAGUGCCCGUGCUGCGGCUGGGCUGGCCAGAGGACUCGGGCUGGAAGGGCAUCACCCGGGCGCAGCUGUACACCCAGCCACCCUGCGAGGGCCACCCGCCCCUCAAGGAGCUGGUGCGCCAGGAAAUCCAGGCCGCCUGCAAGCUGGUGGCCAUCACCAUGGACGUGUUCACGGACCCGGACCUGCUAUUGGACCUGGUGGAUGCUGCCACGCGUCGCUGGGUGCCUGUCUACCUGCUCCUGGACCACCAGCAGCUGCCUGCCUUCCUGACGCUGGCCCAGAAGCUGGGGGUGAGCCCCUGGGCCACUGAGAACCUGGACGUCCGUGUCGUGCGGGGCUGCAGUUUCCAGAGCCGCUGGCGCCGGCAGGUGACCGGCAGGGUGCAGGAGAAGUUCACGCUGCUGGACGGCGACAGGGUCCUCUCCGGGUCCUACAGCUUCACGUGGAGCGACUCACGCCUUCACCGCGGCCUGGUGACCCUGCUGACCGGUGAGAUCGUCGACGCCUUCAGCCGCGAGUUCCGGACCCUGUAUGCGGCCUCCUGGCCCCUCCCACCCGCGCCCACUCCGGGCCCCUUUGUCAGCGCCCUGGGGGGGCUGAAGCUGGCCAACAGCCCGCAUUGCGUGGCCCGCCGCCUGUCUGUGGCCCCUGCGUCACCGCCACUGCCGGAUGUGUCACCACUGGCCCAGCGCCUGGCCACCUGCCGCGUCUUCGACAGGGACAGGCAGGAGACGCUGGCCAUCCCGGGGCCGGCGCUCAGCGACAUCCUGAGGAGCAUCCAGCGUGCCCGGACCCCCAGCGGCCCUCCAGCCCGGCCCAGCCGAUCCCUGUGGGACCUGAGCCGCCUGUCCCAGCUGUCGGACUCCAGUGACGGUGACCAUGAGCUCAAGAAGUCCUGGGGCUCCAAGGACACCCCAGCCAAGGCCCUGAUGAGGCAGCGGGGCGCUGGGGGGACCCCCAGGGGUGAGGUGGACUCCCGGCCGCCCACCGGGUCCCAGCCCUGGGGCGGCCCCCGGCCCCUCAUCCCGGCCCGCCACCUCCGCUACCUGUCCCCAACCCGGAGGAGAUUUGGGGAGGAUGCUGCACCCAAACCGCCCGAACCCAGAGGCGGCCGCCAGCCAGACUGGGCCAAGGGGCCAGGACUCAGGGGGCGACCCUGA